AUGAGAAUGAUUAAUUUAACGCGAAUCUAUCAUUUGUGGUCUGAAAUUGCAACUCUUAAACAGGGCACUGAAUUUGUAACUUCAUAUUACUCAAAACUCAAGGAUUUGUGGACUGAAUUGGAUGUGAUGAUUCCAUCGCCAGGCUGCAAUUGUGAGGAUUCAACAAUCUAUGUGAGACAUUUAAGAUCACAAAGACUUCUACAAUUCUUAAUGGGAUUGAAUGAGAGCUUUAGCAGUAUUAGAAGUAACAUUUUGUCUAGGAAACCAACAGUAACUGUGAAUGAGGCAUAUGCAGUAGCAGCACAAGAAGAAAAUAUAAGAGCAUUGGGAGUUUCAGAUAAAACAAGAGAUCCUUUAACACUCUUAGCAGGAAAAUCUCAGACAUACAAUCCUAGGCCAAAGAAAUUUGUGCCUCCUAGAACAAUAUGUGAUCACUGUGGAUUCAAAGCAACUGAAGGUUUUAGGUCUGACUUCAAACAAAAUGCACAUUUCACAAGGAAUUCUGAUGACUUCCAUGAUAAAGGAAAGCAAGCUGAAGGUCACAUGACACCACCUCAAUACCAAGAUCUGGUAGACAGGAUGCAAAGAGCAGGAACAUCAGAUUGUGUUGCUAACAUAUCAGGUAUGGCUUCUGUAAACUCAAAAACAAGCAGAGUUUAUGAAUGGAUAAUAGAUAGUGGAGCUACACACCACAUCACACCUAAUGAGGAGAUAUUGACUACCAUCAAAAGAGUACAAGGAAAUAGUAGUGAUGGAGUACAAGUUCCAACAGGAAGUAGAUGUGAUAUUAAAGGAAUUGGCAAUGCACAGGGACUCUACUAUGGCAAGGUAUUGGGGAUUGGUAAAGAGAAGGAAGGAUUGUACAUUUUGAAGAAUCAAAUACAGUCAUCAGCACAAGCUAUGGCUACUGCAAACAUGAGUAAAGAUGCAACAUUAUGGCAUUUGAGAUUAGGACAUGCUCAACUGAGUAGUUGUGCAUACAACCCUCAACAAAAUGGAAAAGUAGAGAGAAAACACAGACACAUCUUGGAAAUGGCAAGAGCUUUGAGAUUUCAAAGUUCUAUCCCAAUUCAUUUUUGGGGUGAAUGUGUUAGGAAAGCUAUGUAUUUGAUCAAUAAGCUCCCUACUGAAGUACUUGGUGGUAGGUCACCUUAUGAGAUGUUGUUCAAGAAAAUUCCUAGUCUUCAUUAUUCAAGAGUUUUUGGGUGCUUAUGUUAUGCAACUCAAUUGCCAAGAGGGGAUAAGUUUGCUCCCAGAGCUAGAAAAACAAUCCUUCUUGGUUAUUCUGAAACUCAAAAAGGUUACAGGUUGUUUGAUUUGGUUGAUAAGAAAUCAGAUUCUUUUUCCCCUCCUCUUAUUAUUUCCUCCGCUCCUUCAACUGAGUGCACUACUGUUCCUAUCCCUGAUCCUAUUAUAGAUAACACUCCUAAUAUCCUAACUGAUGAAUCACCCUCUAUACAGCCUUCAGAAGAACCUCUCCAAAUUGUUGACCAGAUUCAGUCUAGACCUUCCAGAACUACUAAACCACCUGGAUGGUUAAAUGAUCAUGUCACUUCUUCUAAAGCUAAACCACCAUCUGUCAGCUACUCAUAUCCCAAUUCUGACUCACUUCAGUAUUCACAUUUGUCCACUUCUUAUAAGGAAUAUUUGAGUUCUUUUUCUUCUCAAGUUGAGCCAAAAUCCUUGAAAGAAGCAUCUCAAGAUGCUAAAUGA